UAAUGCAAAUACAUAUUUCCAAAACAAUACGCAGAAAAGAAAAAAAUCAUUCCUUCAAAAUUUAUUUAUUAAAUACUGAAUUUUAAUUGAAGUUACAUAGAAUCGAAAGGAAGGAGAAGGCUUUAGUUAAAAUGGUUGUUCCCGUUCCGAAUCCAAUUAAGGACUUGAUUCUCAGGCUUAUGGCUGAAAAGGAAGCAAUGGAAUCGAAAAUAUCCGAUUAUGGAAAUAUUUUGGCAAAUAAUGCUAAUGUGGGGAUGGAUGGACCCUUGGUUGAUGCAGAAGGAUUUCCACGGAACGAUAUUGAUGUUUAUCAAGUGCGACAGGCACGUCAACAGAUAAUUUGUCUUCAAAAUGAUUAUAAGGCACUGAUGAAAGAAAUAGAAAAGCAAAUGCAUAAAUUGCAUUCCGAGGCAGCGGAAAGUCAAACACAAUUGUUGUCAACCAAUACAGCCACCUUACGGUUGGAAGAUGAUAAUGAAGUGCCAAUCACCAGCAUGUCGUCAGCAUCGGUGGAGCCACCAGUGAAAGUUAUAGUAAAAGUAAAUAUGAUAAGUCCGGGAUCGCCGGCUGAAGAGGCUGGUUUGCGAGUAGAUGAUGAGAUAUUGGAAUUUGGCACCAUUAAUUCCAGAAACUUCCAAAACAAUCUAACCCAAAUUGGUGACCUGGUGCGCCACAUGCAAAAUAAAAGGAUUCCUUUGAAAGUACUACGUAUGGGAAUACAAUUAGAUAUGAUACUUAUACCUAAAACGUGGAGUGGUCGAGGUCUAUUGGGUUGUAAUAUUAUAUUAGCCGAUGCUUAAGGAUUUAAAGAUUAUAACACUUAUCUAAAACAUCUUUAUUAUAUAUCUAUAUUUUUUUAAUACAUCUACAGAACUUAAAGUUUACAUUGAA